AUGAACUGAAUGUGUUUCAAAAUUAUUUAAUGUAUAAGCAAUUAUGAAUAGUUUAAUCUAUUGUUAAUACAAGAUGUGAUAUAAAAUUUGGCGUAAAUUUGGUUAUUCCGAAUCUAAAGCGAGUUGUUAUUUAUUAUAGACUCUCUAUAAGAAUGUUGUUUGUAUAAAAUGGCCGAAGCAAGUAACGGUGUUUCACUUGAUAAUAGUUCCGGUAAGGAGUCACCAAACGGGGCCGCAGGCCCCUACUCUUCGUCUGACGUCAGCCUGGCGCCGACGGACGAGAUGAGCAUCCACUUCUCCCCGCGGGAACCAAUCAACACCCUGUCACCAAGGGCAACGAAACCGACGGGGAAGGUCAUACCGGCGACGGCGCGUGGUCGGGUCGCUCAACGAUCCUCCUCCCUGAAGAUUCCGUCGGCUACCAAGCAACUCGAGGCAACCACUGAUAAGCCACGCCCUGCGGCACUAAAGAAGGAAGAGAGUAAGGAAAAAUGUGACAUGUGCGACGAAAUAAAAGUGAUGAAAGCAAGGUGUCUUAAUUGUCAGGCUAGUAUGUGCCCUACGUGCGUCGACCACCAUCGUAAGAUGCACAUAUGCGCCCAACACGAACUUCAGAACUGGGACAGGUACAAGUCGCAGAUAGCGCCCCCACCUCAGCCGCCAGCCUCGGAGGCUAAGCAGAAGUGCAAAAUCCACAGAGACCAGAAACUACAGCUGUACUGCAAGGUGUGCCUGCUUCCGCUGUGCACCAACUGCAAGCUGACGAAGCACGAGGGCCACAAAACACGUGACCUGGCGGAGGAGAUCGCCGAGCAGCGGGAGAACCUGCCGUUCAAGCUGAGCCAGAUGCGGGCGAGCUUCCUGCCGCUACUGAAGCAGCAACUGAAGGAACUGGACGACUAUGGGUCUCAGGUCUCGUACAACGUCAAGGGAACGCUGGAGAACAUUGAGAGACGCACGAAGGUGAUGAAAGACGAAAUAGACAGGACGAGUACCAAGCUGAUGGAAACGCUGAAGUCGAAAGAGAAGCGCGAAGGGGGGAGAAUUGACACGAGAAAGCAGGCACUAAGUGGUUUUGUGAAAAAUAUCACGACUGCUCUCACAACCGGUGAGCGGCUGAUACAAUCCGGCGACGAUUUUGAAAUUAUGGAGCUGUAUCAGAAUAUACUGUCCAUGAUGAAGAGCGUAAAUGAAAUCCUGAAGCGAAAACCCGGGAAGACGAAGUACACGUUUCAAGACGGACAGCUGAGUCAGUCUCAACUUGCAACGAUGUUCGGGGCGUAUGUUGAAAAGGGUCCUCAAGUGGAAGCCCAAAAAUCUGCUUUUACGCGCAAAAGUCGAGCAUCACGGGCGACGAUUCCCUCUCUCCAAAUGGUACCGGAAGUUCAGCCGAGACUGCUUAAAGCGUUCACAUGCAAGAAUAUCCCCGGGAAUAAGGUGAGCGCGAUAGCUCCCAUCAACGACAAGGAGGCAUGGGUUUGCUUCGGCUGGACGACAAACGAGAUUUAUCUGUACAACAAGGACGGAUUCCGCCGGAACCGGCUGCUUUUUAGGCACCCCGUCGACGACAUAGCCGUCGACCACGACGGGAACCUCCUCGUGUCUUCCUUUACCGGAAACAUCGUCCGAAUGGUUGACAAGAAGCUGCAAAUACGAGACUUCUUCCAAUGCCCGCUACGCUGUCGCGGCCUGGCCGUAUCCUCCGUCGGCGAGAUCAUUGUGUGCGGCGUGGACAUGUGCACCGCGAUGCCGCCGCCGUCGAAAUGCACAAUAUUCAAGUUCACCGCCCGCGGAAACAAGACGGGACACCUAGACGGCGAUAAGGCGAAACAUAUCCCGACGCAUCCGUACCGAGUGGCGGAAAACAUUGACGGAUCUCUCGUCGUGUCCGACUGGGUGAACGACAAGGAGGGGCGCGUCGUCAUCUUCUCGCCCGACGGCAAGGUGCGCAUGGUGUACUACGGUACCAACAACGAGAAACGUCAUUUCCUGCCGUAUGGUAUCUGCACGGACAAGUUUGGCCACAUUAUCGUAGGCGAUAUAAUGAGUCAGGAGGUACACCUGCUAGAUAUCAAGGGUCACUUCAUCUGUGUCCUGCUCUCGCGCGAUGACCUUGACAACGAGCGUCCCUACUCCGUGGCCGUGGACCACAUGGGUACGCUAUGGGUGGGGAACGAACGCGCCGAAAUCAAGAUCUUCCGCUACCUUGUCAACCAGUCGCAUAUUGUGGGUCCGUUUCCACUGGUACCGGAAACGGACUGGGAGAACGAAGUGGAGUUGUCUCCCCGGGAAUUCCGGUGGCGCUACCCAGGUGGCGUACGCACCAAGUGGAACACGUAUGAGAAAAAGAAGCCCAAGAAUCGAGUAUACCAUGAUGUACCUGACUUAUGGAAAUGGAAACUAAAUGAAUAUUGAGUUUUAAAAAAUGUGCUGUUAUUGUAUUUAUUGUUUAUCGUCAAAAUAUUCACUGUGGUCUCCCCUGAAACAUGGACUACUACUAAGAGGGGUUGAUGCAUUACUUCAAAGUCCCACAGUGGUUUCCCCUGUUGUACAGAAUGCAUCGCAAGGGUCGAUUACUGUGCAAAUCUGGAUACUAGUGCUCAUUAGUUUUUCAUAGUUCUAUGUUGACAUGUUUCACGUAAAAUAAUAACAUUGACAAAGUAGUUUUUGUUAAUGAAUAAAUAAUUACCAUGGAGAUGCAGUGAGUUUAAGUACUGAAACAAAAAAUCUAUCACCAACAAAUAUCUAGUUUUUCUCAAAAUAAGAAUUUCUUGAUGAUGUGUUUUAAAUUAUUCCACAACAGAAAAUUUCACUGAAAGUAAGUCUGUAUCCUAUGACUAAAAUAUAUUAUCCAGUACCCAUUCCUUUAUGGCAAUUGUGGUAUAAUGUAAUAUACAUAUAUUUAUUGUUUGCUAACAUUUGCUCUAACAUCUGAUUGCAUGAAGAUGUAAAUGUAUAACAAACGUGUUGUAAACACAAA